AUGGUUGUGACCACCUUCAAUGUUGAGGCCUCAGGCUCCAGCGGCACCAAGGGUUCAUCGGCACCUAGCCGGCAUAUGCUGGCACUCAAUGGGCAGGUUUAUCUCCACGGACCGGUAGGAGUCUCCGACCACGACAGCGAUGUCGUGAGUAGUAGCGAACCGACCCUAGAGAUUGUUCGACACGGCAGCACGGUCUGGUACUCGGCACUCGGAGUCCAUGACACACCUGCGCGCGCGAUUGCCAUCUCCAUUCUCACGCAGUUGCAAGCCACGCUCUCAGUUACCGGCAAGGCGGUCAAAUUCGCCAUGUUGCCCGUCCUGGUGGCCUGCGUCGAAUGA